UUUUUCUCUCUCUCUGCAAACCGUGUUUCUUUCCGCUCUGCAGGAAUUUGUUCUGCAGGGCGAAGGUCUGCUAACGACAGGUCGCAACAUUUCUAGGCAGGAAUGAGACGCCCCCACCGCUGAGCUCAACAUGAGAGAGUGGUGGGUCCAUGUGGGUCUGAUCUGCGUCCCGCUGGUGGCGGUCUACCUGCACAUCCCGCCCCCCCAGCUGUCCCCCGCCCUGCAGAAAUGGCACGGUGCCGGGGAGGUGUUCCACUUCAGGGGCAAGGAGAUCUUCUACAGAGAGUCUUACGGUGCUUUGGGAAGCUCGGAUGUCAUAAUUCUGCUCCAUGGCUUCCCGACCUCCAGCUUUGACUGGAACAAGAUCUGGGAGCCACUCACUCAGCGCUUCCAUCGAGUCAUUGCUCUGGACUUCCUGGGUUUUGGCUUCAGUGACAAGCCUAGACCACACAGGUACUCCAUCUUCGAGCAGGCCAGUGUGGUGGAGGCUCUGGUGGCUCACUUGGGUCUCAGCAACCAGCGAGUGAAUCUGGUGUCCCAUGACUACGGAGACACUGUGGCCCUGGAGCUGCUCUACAGGAGUGACCAAAACCGCACAGGACACCUGACCUUCAACAGUCUGUGUCUCUCUAACGGAGGAUUAUUCCCAGAAACACAUUACCCACGUCUGCUGCAGACACUUCUGAAGGACUCUAGCAUCCUGGCUCCGGUUCUGACACGUCUCACCAACUAUCUGAUCUUCCAAAAAGGGAUUGGAGACGUGUUCGGUCCGUACACGCAGCCCACAGACGCCGAGUUCUGGGACAUGUGGACGGGUUUACGCUACAACGAUGGCAACCUAGUGUUGGACAGCAUCCUGCAGUACAUCAACCAGAGAUUGAAACACAGAGAGCGAUGGGUGGGCGCUCUCACUUCCACCUUCGUCCCAUUGCACAUGAUCUACGGACCCCUGGACCCCGUCAAUCCUCAUCCUCAGUUCAUCCGUCUUUACCAGCAGCUGGUCCAGAGGUCGACUGUCACCAUUUUGGACGAGCACAUCAGUCACUACCCCCAGCUGGAAGAUCCCACCGGCUUCCUCAACGCUUAUUUCAACUUUAUUCACUCUUUCUGAUGGGAUACUAAAAUGCAACACGCCCCCAAGAAAGAAGACAGAUCCUUAACAAGCUUGUUAGGUGCUUUGGCUGUUUUCGAUGAAAGUUCUAAUCGGUCCCAUGCAGUGAAGACCUUUCAGGAGUAAUGCUGCAUUAGUUUGAGAUCUAAUCAGGAGUGAUGGGCUAAUUUACCAGCAUCAAUCCCUAAAAUGUCAAGGACUACCACAGAAGAUGUCAAAUGUGAGCUAGAAACAUGAUUAAGUGUGCUCAAUGCAACCGAAUGACUAAUUCAGUGUUAAUUUAUGAACCCUCUUUAAAGUAGAAUACUGAAAUUUAUUCUAGGUUGUAAUUUUUGAACUUAUCUGUAGUUUAGACAGUUAUGAUUUCCUCCAUCUCCUGUUUUUUGAGUCCUGUAAUCAGCUGCAUUCUGAAUGAAUUUUGAUAUGAUUUUCUACAUUUCUCUUGAUGUCAAUUUAAAGCCGAAAUGUCAACUUUUCUUCAAAUAAAACUAGUUUUGUAAAAAAGAAAAAAAGUGUCGGAAUACUUGAUGUACUUGGACAGACAGAUUUAUUGAAGAU